GGGAGGGAUAGCAGGGCGGCGCAGGCCAAUCCCCAGCCCGGACAUCCCCCCCGGCCCGCCGAUCGCCCUCAACCGCCGCGUCCCCGCGUGGAUCUACCGAGACCGCAACACAGCGGCGGCUGCGUUCGCGUCGACCCCGUGGGAUCCCGACCUGGACCCCGACCCCAACCCCGACCCGGACCCGGACCGGGACCCAGACCCCAACCCAGACCCCGACCCCAACCCAAACCCAGACCCCGACCCAGACCCCGACCGGGACUCCGAACCCAACCCAGACCCCGACCCCGACCCCGAACCGGACCCGGACCUGGACCCGGAGCCAGACCCAGAGCCCGACCCCGACCGCGUCCCAGCCCCCGAUCCCGACCCGGACCCGGAACUGUGAGCCCGGCCGGGACCCCGACUGCGCCCCCCCACCGGUGUGGCCGGAAAUUUGGGAUUUCUGAGCGUAUUUCAAAAGGGCUGGGCUCUAAAAGUUGCCUAAGACGGACCAGGAUCUUCUGGGGUUCUGAAGAGCGUCUCGUCGCCCGCACUUGCAGCUGGUUGUCGUCACCUAAUGCACUGAGAGCCAAGCACCUGGAGGGGCACCUGCCCGUCUGAAGGGCGGCGAAUCCUCGGGAGUGGACCCUGCCAGGUCGACAAGUUUGGGAAGUUGUGUCGAGAGCCAGGAAGGUUUGGGGCGCCCUCUGUCUUUAUCCACCAAGUCCUUGAAAAGUCAUCAGCACACGUCCGUGACGCUGACACCUGCGGUUCACAGGGCAUCCUUUUCCUGCGGAGCCCGGGGCAGCACAGGAGUGGACCCAGGGCCCAGCACACCUCGGGGCCGCUGGAGUCGGCUCAGGCCAGGCGGAGGCGAUGGAGGGGAGCUGGUCCUGAGCACUGCGUGCGGCCGGCGGCGGUGGCCCCUGGACAGCGAGAUGACCCCGGAGCACAGGGACGUCCUGGUACUGCUGCCCACGCGGGAGCAGCUGCGGCUGGUCGUGGGGGUGCAGGCCACCGGGCGCGAGCUCUUCCAGCAGGUGUGUGACCUGACGAGCAUCCGGGAAGCCCACUUCUUUGGCCUCAGUGUGGUCAGAAACAAUGAGUACGUAUUUAUGGAUUUGGAGCAGAAGCUCAGCAAAUACUUCUCAAAGGACUGGAAGAGAGAAAGGCAUACAGGAGCCGGGCGGUCCCGGGCCCCCUUCGUGGCCUUCCUCCGGGUGCAGUACUACGUGGAGAACGGAAGGCUCAUAAGCGACAGGAGGGCCAGGCACCUGUACUACUGCCACCUGAAGGAGCGGGUGCUGAGGUCGGAGUGCGCGCACCGCGAGGAGGCCUACUUCCUGCUGGCCGCCUACGGGCUGCAGGCCGACCUGGGCAACCACCGCGAGGCGGCCCACUCAGGGCGCUACUUCGAGCCACACGCCUACUUCCCGCCGUGGAUCAUCACGAGGAGGGGCAGCGCCUACAUUCUGAGGCACGCACCCGCCAUGCACCGCGAGCAGCGUGGCCUGAGCCCCAGGGAGGCGGUGCUGCGCUUCAUCAGGGAGGCCUGCCGGCUCGAGGACGUGCCCGUCCACUUCUUCAGGCUGCGCCAGGACAAGAAGGGAGAACAGCCUACCAUCGUCCUGGGACUGACCCUCAAAGGAAUGCACAUCUAUCAGGAGGUGAACCACGCUCUGCAGCUGCUGUAUGACUUCCCCUGGUCCCACGUUGGGAAGCUGGCCUUUCUGGGGAAAAAGUUCGAGAUCCGGCUGGACGGCCUGCCCUCGGCCAAGAAGCUGGUGUACUACACGGGCUGCGCCUCGCGCUCCCGUCACCUGCUCCAGCUGCUCAGCAGCAGCCACCAGCUCCACCUCGCCCUGCAGCCCCUCCUGCGGCAGCUGCGGGAGCUGGAAGAGGCCGAAGAGAAGAAGUGCUACCGGGAGUCCUACAUCAGCGACACGCUGGAGCUGGAGCUGGACCCAGUCGGCGGGGGCUCCCCCAGUUCCCCCAGCAGCAAGGACAGCGGGCAGCGUCCCCCCCACCGCCUCUCACUUCUCUCGGCCGAUAGCCACGGCAGCUCCCACACGUCGGGCGUGGAGGCCGACUCGCGGGCCCUAGAACCCGGGGAGAUGUCGGUGGACGAGCCCUUCGUGUCAGAGCUGUUCUGCGGGCAGGUGCCAUCCUGCAGCUCUAGCACCAGCCAGUGCAGCAGUGGCAUGGAUGGUGGCGGGCCCAAGGGGGACGCCCGGGACCAGAGGAAUGCCUCUCACCCAGAGCCCCUGUCGGUGGUGCGGGUCACGCUGCUCAGGAUGAGGCGCCGGAGCACUGAGGCCCUGUGCCAGGUCCCGGAGGCGGAGGACCGCGCCCCAAGCCCCGCGCCCGCCCCGCCCAGCCGCCCCUUGGGGCCGGCAGAGCCCCGCACAUGGGGGUCCACGGACUCCCUCUCCCUGCGCCUGCUCGGGGACGACCAGCUCCCGCAGGAGUUCGUGGUGUAGGCGCCUCGCCACGCGGCUCCGCCCAUGCGGGGCUCGGUCCACGCAGCACUGCUCCGCCGACGCUGGGCUCUCCAUCCAUACUGCACAGCUUGGCCCGCACGGGCGGGGCUCGGUCCUGGCUGCACGGCUCCGCCCACGUGGUGCUCUGUCCACACUGCACAGCUUGGCCCACGUGGGACUUCACGGUGCAGGGCUCCACUCAUGUGGUACAGCCCCGCCCACACAGCACCUCAGUCCACGCCGCACGACUGGUCCACACAGUGCAGCUCCACCAGAGCCUCGCCAGGCUUUCUACCUCAGGACAGUCUCUGACGCUCGCCCCUUUCCACCCAGCUGGUGGCCUGGUGACCAGGGUUUCAGGCGCCGCCCUCUCUGCCCUGGCCGCCUUUUUCCUGUGUCUUCACCUGUCAGAGAUGUGGAGGCUGCUCUGACAUCAGGCCUGGAGGUGACCAUCAGGUCCCACUUUUCCUGGGGACUACGGCAGGUCCAUGCUCUCUCCAUCCGGGUCUCCAGGAGGCGAAGCCAAAUUCUGGCUGUCCAGACUCUGGCCUAGUAGGGGUCGGCGGUGCUGGCCCCCCUUCGCCCAUUCUAAUCUGGGAGGGAAGGUGCCUUUGCUGCCCUGGACGAUCAGGAGAUCCCCGGGGUUCCCUCUGCCACUGCCUCCCUGCUGGACGGUCAGACCAAGCUUGAAAGCCUUUUGGGAGUCCUUGAGCUCAAGGUCACGGUCAUUGUACCUGCACUGGCCACAGGCUCCCCCUGGACCACUUGCUCAGCCGUCGCUGUCCCACAGAGGGGACAGAGGCCCCUCUGUGAGGUGUGGGCCCAGCUCUGUUCCUCCAGACCCUGGCAGUGUCCACCAUCCACAGGAGGGACCAGGCCCAGAACCGCACAGCUGUGUGGACACCUGGUCCCCUGGGAGCUCCUAAAAUCCCGCAGCAGGAAGCCAGAGAGGCGGUUAGGGUAACCCGCAAAGCCGUCCUCUGUAUUCUGAUACACCCGCGCUCUGCCAGAAGAGGGCCGCCAAGACAGGGUGGAGACCUCAGUUUCUUCCUUCUUUCCCUCCCAAGUCAGGCUGUGAAAGAAGAAGAUGACGCUGCGGCCUUCUCCCCACCUCCUUCCCUGAAUACCCAUCCAGUCCAAGGGCCCUGACCUGUUGUCAGCAGGGGCGUCCAGGGCUCCCAGCCGGGGUCAUCACUGGUCACCCUCUAGGGAUCAUUGCCACUGGGCCCCACCUGGUGUCAGGGGACUGGAUGGGAAGUGGGGGCACAGAUGGGGCUAGACCGGCUGGCCACGCCCCUCCGUGCCCCGUACCCCUCCCUGUGUCUGGGUGGGAGACGUUCUUCCUCACUUUCACCCCGUCUCUGGCGUCACAUCCCGCCGUCACAGCUGCUGGAGCUUCAUACUCUACGCCGAGAGCGAUUGCUGGAAUUGUGUGCUGCCAGGGACUGUUGACUUUCCCUCGAGGCAGCACCCUUGGUGCACUAACAGCAGGCUGUGCGUGACAGCGGGUGCGUGGUCCCAGCCCGGGUCCCACUUGGGGUUGGACCCACAUGGGUCUAGAGCACGGUGACGGUGUCUGCAGGCCUGGAGGACCGGCCGUAGUUAAUGGCUGUUCUUUCCUUCAAAGUCGCAGCGCCUUGCUGGGGCUGAGGUGCACUCCCCUCGCCCCCUCCAGGGCCCGGCUGGCAGGUGGCCUUCCUCCGAGCACAGUGAGGAGUUGCUGGUGCUGAGUCCAGCUGGUGCAGGGAGCAGGCAUUAGCAGACUGGCACCUGUGUCCGCAGGUGGACGGCGCAGCUGGUGCUGCACCUCACCUGCUUCUGUCCCCGGGUGGGCCCUGCAUUCCUUCCAGAGGCUCUGGGAGGGGCCGCUCCACAGCAGGUGGGGCUCGAUGGGUGACAGCAUCCUCCCAGCCUGAAGCUCGUGACAGGCACCGGGGUGUCCAGUGUGGCCUAAUUUACCUGUGGAUCCCUCAGCCCUCUCCCCUUGCACAGGAUCCGCGCACACACCUUGCUGUCCUCUUUUUCUAGGCAAACUGACCUGUAGUUUGCCAUCAGAUAGUCCCCAGUACUCAGCAUUCCCACACAGCCCUGUGCCCCAAUACGUCUUCAUCCCUCACUGCUCUGCUCGGUGCUGUGAAGACCCCGCAGAGCAUGUCCAUCACACAUGCAUUUUGGAGAUGGAGGGAGGAGCUUGAGCCCGAGAAGGGGGCGGGGGGUGUGCAAGGAGGUUGAUGCCACCCGGGGCCGGGACUCCUGGUCCUUUCUGUGAAAGGAAAUCUCGUGUGUAUAUACUGGGCAUGUGUAAUAAAGAAUCCAAACACA